AUGUCGGCCAACAGCGAACGUCAACAGCCUGCUGCAAGGCCGCAGCAAGAAGAAUCAUCUGCCAGUACAAUAUGGAGUCUUGUUCAGAGAGUUCUUCUCGUGUAUGCCGCGACUCAACUCAUUUCGACAUUUUUCCUUGGGAAGAAAACACCUACUGGCCCUCCUGCUACACCUCAAGGGAUGCCGGUUGAUUCUGACGUCGACUGGUCCACUCUACCACCACAGCAAGCAUUCCCAGCUUGGGGUACCGGUCAAAAUGUAUCCAUGCAUGUUUAUUUCUCCACUUCACCUAUUGGAGACGUAUUUGGCAUUGCCAAUCGACAAAACUGGAAACAAGCGGAAUUCGAUACCGAUGCUAGCGUGUUCCCUCACUGGACUUGGGAUGAUAUCCAAUUUGGAGAUUGGAAUGAAGCUAGAACCAAGGAAGCCGUUCGAAAGAAUCUCUCUGCACUAUGGGCUGAUGUCUUCCUGACCAAAGAUGGCGCUGAUCCAAAUCCUAUGAGUCCCAAGUUUGAACCAAACUCGUCUGACCGUGCUCUAGUGUUGACCCGAUAUCGACCAAGACCAAAGAUCAGGAAGGAACACAAUCUCUUGAAAUCCAAUAAUGAGACAGAAAUAGAGGUAGAGGACGAACAA